AUGAACCCAAUUGGUGGACAGCAACACUAGGAGUUGGACGACUAUCACUUUAAAUUUAAGAUCUCUAUCGUGGGAGACUCAGGCGUAGGAAAGACAACCUUCCUCGAUGCCAUUUCUUCUACUCUUGGCUCUGUAGUUGAAAAUGAACAGUCCUCUGAACUUCACAUCAAGACUACAUUCUACAUUGACGAUGCUUACCAAUACAAGAUUGUGUACUUCGACAUGCCAGGCAAGGAGAGACAUCACAAAUACAUUCACAAGUACGUCAAUGGCUCGACUGCCAUACUGUUCUUGUUUGACACUACCAAGAGAACAUCUUUUGAGAAGGCUGAGUAGUGGAUCAAUGACUGCGAAAAGUGCGACAUUCCCAUUAAGAUUCUAGUAGGCAAUAAAAUCGACCUAAGCAUGACUAAGAAAAACCUAAUCAACCCAGUAACUAAAGUAGAAGCAGUGGCACUUGCUAGAAAAUAUGGAAUGGAGUACUUUGAAACUUGCUCAGUCGGUGAGGCAUCAAUAGUACAGGUCUUUGAUCAUCUGUUCAAUUCCCUACUUAGUUUGAUCCCUAACCCUCCAGAUCCAGAGUAAUUAAUGGGUAAGAAUGUAGUGCUUGGCAAAAGAGUCCUUAAUGAUGUCAAAUUUAAGUUAUCUCUUGCAGAACUUCUGCCCAAUUACGAUUGA